AUAUUUUGCUGAAGAUUGGGGCUCCGUCGGUACGCAGCCAUAGCCAACACAUUUUGGUGCCGAAACCCGGGAAGACUUCUCUUGGACUGAGUGGAUUAUCUGUGGGUCACUACUUGGACUACGCUGGAGCGCGAAGAGGUUAUUGUAGAAGGUUAGUGCACUGUGUUUUGUUGUGAGAAAGAGGGUCAAGGUCAUGGCUGAGACAUUUGAGGAAUUAAUUGCGGAGCAAUCAGCUUUGAUUGAUUCUGUACGCCGCAUGUUAGAGAACUUUCGGAAAGCUGGCACUAAUAAUUCGGAAGCGCAUAUGGAGACUAGAUUAGAAUCUCUGGCCAAUAUUCGCAUGGAGUUCCGAGAGAACCAUCGAAAAUUGGUGCGUUCGGAUGACGAAUUGGUUCGGAACGAUUAUAUGGAGGCAGAUCUUGAAGGAAAGUUCCAAGAAGCGUAUAUUGAUAGUGUGGCGCAGAUUAGAACUGACCUAAAUGAGACUAAGGAUCGACUUUUGGCAUCAACAGGAAUUAACAAUCUUGAUUUUCAGGAUGGGAAUCGCAACGCGCUACCGUCACGGUUUAUAGCACCAGACCAAACCAUGAUCGAUGAGGUUAAACUUCCCACGGUUAAAUUGCCUAUAUUUAGCGGUGAAUUUGUAGAUUGGCCGGCAUUUAAGGAAAUAUUUGAAGCGCGAGUUCAUAAUAGCCCUAGACUCACUGAUCUACAUCGAUUCCAUUACCUCAAAGAUUCUUUGUCAGGGGAAGCAAUCAAAGAUAUCCAACAUCUAACACUGAUCGAAACAAAUUAUCAUGUAGCUUGGCAAAUGUUAUUAAAUUUAUAUGAUAAUAAGCGUGUUCUGUUUCAACAUUAUAUGCAGGUACUAGAACAACAGCCCAUGGUGCAGAGCGAUGACCCUGUUUCGCUUAAGGGGUUUUUACAAACUUGUCGUUCUUGUAUUAAAUCAUUGGAAAAGGUUGGCGUUAACCUUUUCGAUCAAAGUCAUGUCAUAGUUUACAUGGUAACGAAGAAACUACCUGCGGAGCUGCGGUUGGACUGGGAAAAAUCCCUGGCUACUUCGCAGGAGUUACCAACAUUCGAAGAAUUAUCCGCGCAUCUCGAUGGACAAUACAGGACUAUGCUUACGUCCGCCAGUGGCGAGAGGACAAUAUUGUCUAACAAGGAUCGAAAGGGAGCAUCGGGAUCAUCUGAGAAGCGCCGAGAUGUGAAAUCUUCCUUUGUCGCCCGAUCGGAGCAGAAAUGUGCCAUGUGUUGCAAGAACGGUCAUUCCGUCCAAGAUUGCAAGGUUUUCGAAAGUAUGCAUCUAACAGCACGGAGGGAAGCUGUUAUGAAGCAACGUUUGUGCUUCAACUGUUUGGGGAAUAACCAUAACUCACGAAGGUGCAAACUUAAAAACAAUUGUUCGAUAUGCGCAGAUCGGCAUCACACGCUCAUACAUUUGGAUCGGGUUCGGCUAACUAAAGAGCCAAAUGAGCAGGUGCAACAAGUUACUUCCAACGCAAUUAGCGGGACUUCGAGUACAACUGGGACUAGUUAUGAAGUGCUAUUGCCAACAGCGUUAGUUCUGAUCCAGUCAGCAGAAGGGUUUACACUACAGUUCCGAGCAUUUCUUGACCAAGGAUCGCAAGCUUCGUUUGUAUCGGAAAACGUAGUUCAGAAGUUGGGACUAACUCGUCAAAAGGCAUACAUUAAGGUUAAUGGACUGGCCAACGCCCAAGUUACCGAAGCGUCUUCUUCCGUUCUUUUAUGUUUUGGAUCAAGGUUUGAGACACAGGCAAGGUAUAGUGUGACUGCGUAUGUGUUACCAAAGGUGAGUAAGCGCAUGCCAAAUCGUCGCUUAUCUGUGGAAAAAUGGUCUCAAUUUGAACAGUUUUGCCUGGCUGAUCCUAAUUAUUUUGUUCCACAAGGUGUGGACAUAUUGUUGGGGAGUGAUAUCUAUGAUGAAUUGAUGCUAAGUGAAAUACAUCGUGGACCGGAUGGCUGGCCUAUUGCUCAAAGCACACGACUUGGAUUUAUAAUAUCAGGAAAAGUUAAGGAACCCAUCACAAAGGUCUCGGUGCAUACGGUGACCGUAAUCAAGGACGAAUCAUCUGCGGAAUUAGAAGGAUUACUUCGCAGAUUCUGGGAAUUUGAACAGUUGGAUGAGGCAGCAGAAGUUUUGUCGAAGGAAGAUUUGUGGUGUGAGGAACAUUUUGUUAAUACACAUGUGCGGUUACCUUCAGGGAAAUAUCAAGUGCGGUUGCCAUUUCUAUCCGCUUUGGAUCCCCAGUUAGUAAUUGGGUCGUCGCGUCAAGGUGCUUUGAAACGGUUGUGCCAUUUGGACAAGCGUUUACGCAACGAUGCCAACCUGAAGGAGGUGUAUUCCAAAACCAUAAAGGAAUACUUGGAGUUGGGACAAAUGGAAAAGGUUGUUACACAAGUUGGACAAACGGAAGAAACAGGCUACCCGGGGGGAGCCACACAUUGUUAUUUACCUCACCACCCAGUAAUCAAGGAAUCGUCAACGACUACCAAGGUGCGCGUCGUCUUUGACGGAUCGAUGAAGACGAGCAAUGGGAAAUCGUUGAAUGAAAUCUUAGCAAUAGGGCCCAAAUUGCACAUGGAGCUUCCAGCAAUACUGAUCAACUGGAGAGUAAUAAGAUUUGCAUUCCUUGCGGACGUGGAAAAAAUGUAUAGAUGUAUUAAUAUACAUAAGAAGGAUGCUCAAUUUCAAAGAAUUUUGUGGAAAACGGACAACACUGUCCAGGUAGAGGAAUAUGCCUGCUGCACGGUCAUGUUUGGCACGAGCUGUGCUCCGUAUCUGGCCAUUAGAGUUAUGCAGCAGUUAGCCGAAGAUGAAGAGCAUAACUACCCGCUGGCAGCCAAUGUACUUAAACGUCAGAUGUAUGUGGACGACGUUUUAUCUGGAGCAAAUAGUAUUUCCGAUGCAAAGGAACUGCAAGCUCAAGUUAGAGGAAUGAUGAGAAGGGGAUCUUUUGAGUUGCGAAAAUGGGCCAGCAACUGUCCUCAACUGUUGGAAGGAAUACCUCUAGAACAUCGGGAAACCAAAGAGCCUCUAAACUUUCAAGGUACACCAACGAAGAGAAAGAUGCUUUCGACGAUUGCGAGGUUAUUCGACCCAAUGGGAUGGUUGAGCCCAAUCACCGUUGUUGGAAAGCGAAUGGUGCAAGCUCUGUGGAAGACAAAACUUAGUUGGGACGACCACGUACCAUUGGAACUUCAAAAAGAAUGGCAGAAAUUCAUUCAAGAGCUACCAAACUUGUCUAAGAUUCAUAUACCGCGCUACAUUGCUUGGGGAAUGUCAAAGGGAACUCCACAGUUACACAUGUUCUGCGACGCGUCAGGAUACGCGUACGGUGCGGCGGCUUACUUACGAAUUCCGAUAGGAGAGAACGCCUUUCAUGCGGAACUAAUUUUAGCGAAAUGCAAGGUAACGCCUAUCAAGCCGCAGCUUACAAUUCCAAGAGCGGAAUUGUGUGCAGCAGUCAUUGCUGCGAAAAUAUUUAAGUAUUUAAAGGAUCACUUAACUAUUCAUAUUGAUUUUGCAGAGACUGUAUUUUGGUCAGAUUCGAUGAUCGUUUUGAGCUGGAUCCAAGGAGAUGCUGCGAGGUGGAAGGUUUUCGUUGCCAACCGCAUAAGCAAAAUUUUGGAGCUAUGCGAUGGGAAACAAUGGCGACAUAUAGCAUCUGAGGAUAAUCCUGCCGAUCUUCUAAGUCGGGGUAUCAGUGUUACUAAAUUAGCAUCGUGCCAAUUAUGGUGGAAUGGACCGCCGUGGCUGAGAUUUAAAGAUUGUGAGUGGCCAUCGACAAAACUAGAUUCUGGAACCGAUAUGCGAGUCACCAGCGAACAGAAGCAGAUGCACUGCAACGCUAUUUCUGUGGAGAAAGAGAACGGAUCCGAUAUACUAGGAAGGUUUUCAUCGUACACAUUUCUCAUUCGCAUGCUGGCCUAUAUUCAUAGAUUUAUAAGGAAUUGCAGGAUAUCGAAAUCUGCUCGAAUAAUAGAUUCUCUCACGAUAAGAGAACUUUCUGAAGGGUUUUUGUGUGCGGUUCGUAUGUGCCAAAUGGAAGGCUUUGCAGGCGAUUGGAAACUAUUAUCGGAAGGGAAAAUGUUACAUAAGCAAAGUCCGCUAUUACCACUCAAUCCAUAUUUUGAUGAAUCGGAAAAAAUCAUUCGACUUGGAGGACGCUUGAGAGACGCACUGCUGCCGAUGGCGGAAAAACACCCAUACAUUCUACCUUAUCAGCAUUCAUUUACAAGCUUGGUCAUUCGUUAUAGCCAUGUCAGUACCUUACAUGGAGGUGCGGCCCUUACACUCAAUCAUAUCAGGAAAAAAUGUUGGAUCAUCAACGGACGUAACGCCGUACGAAGAGAAAUCCAUAAAUGCAUUGUUUGCUAUAAAUUUAACCCUUGUAUUACAAGCCAAAAGAUGGGUAAUCUGCCACCGGCCAGGAUUCGGCCACAGAAGGCUUUUACGUCAGUUGGGAUUGACUACGCAGGACCGUUCAACAUUUCGCCAUCUAAAGGAAGAGGACGGACUUCGGUUAAAGGCUAUAUCGCUGUUUUUGUAUGUCUUGUAACAAAAGCUAUCCACCUAGAACCAGUGGGGGAUUUGACAUCGGACGCUUUUCUUGGAGCACUUCACCGAUUCAUCGGCCGCCGUGGAAAAUGUGUUCAUAUUUAUAGCGACUGUGGCACAAAUUUCGUCGGGGCAAAUCGGAAGCUGCAGGCAGACAAGUUGGCAUACAAGUUGUACAUCGAAAAAACGAUUCUAGGUAAACUCACAGAUGACGGGAUUACGUGGCAUUUUAACCCUCCCUCCGCUCCACAUUUUGGAGGUCUAUGGGAGGCGGGUGUUAAGUCAAUGAAACACCACCUAAAAAGGACAGUUGGUGAUCGUACGCUUACAUACGAGGAAUUGGCCACUGUAUUAGCUCAAAUUGAAGCGUGCUUAAACUCUCGUCCGUUGUGCCCGCUAAGCAAUGACCCGGAAGAUUUGAUGGUCCUAACUCCAGGCCAUUUCUUAGUUGGGGAUGCUCUACUCGCUAUGCCAACAGAGCAGGCCGAUAAACUAAGUGCCACCGAGAGAUGGAGGAACUGUCAGCACUUGGUUCAGCAAUUUUGGAAGCGUUGGUCCUCGGAUUAUCUAUCACGCUUGCAGCGGAGACCGAAGUGGUUGGAAAAUAGGCGUAACUUGCAGGCUGGAGAUCUAGUACUCAUUAAAGAUGAACGUUUGCCGUCUAAUCUAUGGGCUCUUGGUCGAAUUACUGAAACUCAUUGCGGCCAAGACGGUUUGGUUCGAGUGGUUAAACUCCAGUCUCAGAGUGGUAUUAUUAAACGGCCAGUAGCAAAAUUGUGCCCAUUACCCAUACAAGAUAAUUGGUUAAAUCGUGAUCUUGACCCUCCACAACAAUUCUAAGUUGCAUUAUCUUUUUAGCGUCCAACCUCCAACCAACCGAAGACGUUGAAGAAGCAGUUAAUAAUAUUUUAAUAAUAUCAUUAGGGGGGAGAAUGUUUGGACUGUAUAUUGUCAACACGAGAACUUGCAGUGUAACUGACGUCACACUGUAAGCUCUCUAGUUACAGACAUUCUUCUUUGCCUUUUAUUCGUAGUCUUGUUCGAAAGAUCGAACCAUAUCACAGCUAAUUUGUGCAUAUGUACAUACAUAAUUUGGAGAGCUGCAGCUUCGGUGAAAAUGAAAUGUAAAACCGACAAGUUAAUCUGCGAGCGACAGUCAAUAUAGUCAGAAGCACCCUCUGUGCUCUUCUCUUUUAUGUUUAAUUAUAUAACCUAAUUAAAUCGAACGCACAUUUUUGGAACCUUUCGACUUCUUAUUUG